AAUUUCAAUUCUUAGUGAAGCGAAUCGAUGUACAAUACCAAGAUCUUUUUGCCAAAGGGAGUAAAGUGCUCCUUUGUAAUUAAUCGGAAGCUAAAAUGUACCGACGAGAUGGCCAGAGAGGAGGAGCAAGCUGAGAGGAUUCUGUACUUUAUUCCAAGUGAUACACCUUUGGUGGAUCAGGUCAAAUAUGCGAAUAUUGCUGAUGCGAUGAUUGAGUUUUCAUCUUCAUUUGACGACGAUUCCUAUGUGAAUACUGUUAAGACGGAUUCGUGCACCUACUAUUUCUCUAGAUGGGAGCCGGACACAUGGUUUGUGAUGGUUUUGUAUCGUUCUCAAUAUCGUUCUCGCACAGGAGCGGAGCUGAACUCCUCCUUUUCUCCGGAUAUCGUUCUCUCGGUGAUGAACAGCAUCUACAAUAUCUACACCAUGUUCUACGAUCCGAUCGAGCCGCUUCUCUACAAAGAAACCGAGGACCACAAGAUCAUCAUCUCCGAGCUGAUCUCCACCAAAACCGCGAUCCACAAGCUCCAGUACGAAGAGGACUGCGCGCAGAACGGCUACAUCGCGGCCUCCGCGGGCUCUACGGACGACCGCCAAUCGGCGAUCAGCGCGCUGCAAUCGCGCGUCGAAUCCUUAGAAUCGCAAUCCGCCGCUCCUCAAAUCCGCCAGUCGAUCCACCGAAUCAUGCGGAAGUGUCUGAUCUACGAGAACUGGGAGCAGCUGCACUGCCUCUACGCGAUCGACGGGUUUCUGCCGCUGUCGGUGGAGAAGCCGGUUGCCGCGGAAAUCUUCACGCUGAUGAACCAGGUGGGGGAGCAGUUCGCGUCGCUGCGGUACGCGUGCUUCCUCUUCGACGGGUACUUCGUGUGGUCGGACAUCGCGAUGGAGAACCUCAAUCUGCUGCGGCAUUUCCACUUGACCAAUCAGGACCAAACGCAGAACGAGCAGCAGAAGGGAUUCCUGAUGAUCGACACCGAGGGAUCGCCGGUCACCACGCUCUCGCUUCGCGUUCCCAACGACGUCGGCGAGCUGCAGCGCGAGUCGUUCCGCCUUCUUCGCUAUGUGGUACCCCUGUUUCCACGAUUGAGGAGCGCAGCAAGGCCGGAUCACGCUGCUUUUGCUGUUCGACGAGCGUUUCGAGGCGUCGGAGGACCACUUGAACACGUUCCGCAACGCUUUUUCGAAGGCGUUCGGGCAGCACUGCUUCCUUCUGAACCAGACGCUGGCGGCGAGCCGGAAGCUCCCGUAGAAUUCGAUGGAAUGCGUGAUGCAGAGUGCGGUCGACGGACAAUUACGUGCUGUUUUUCUAUGAGAACGCGACGAAGACGCUGCAGACGAACAUCGACGUGCCGUGGAAGGACAGCAUUGUCGCCGAUCUCGCCGGCGGCGAUGUUGGAGGCGAUUCCGGCGUGUAUGGCGUUCCCGAUGGACUCCGUGUACGCAAAACUGAAGAACGCGAAGAGCUUCGUGGAGACGGUGGAGCGUGUUAGGGAGCUGGAUUGGAUCUAUGGGUGUGUGCAGAACCAGGAUAUGUUGUUUGUGCUGGUGAACACGACAUCGAGGACGACGAUUCGGGAUGUGGUGAAUAAUGUGCAUCGGAUUGUGGCGGAGCAGUUUAGAAGUUCGUUCACGCUUCUUUGAGUGGCU